AGUUGCCCCGACGAUCCUUACAGAUUGUCUUCCCAGUCAAGGCAAGUAACUCUUCAGAGCUUAACACCAAGCGGUAGUUAUGAGUCACCGCGCUGUUGUAAUAUAAAUCAACACAAAAUCCAUAUUGCAUUGUUACGCAUUACAAAACUCACAUGCACAGCAUAGACAUAUCUUCUCUGUGAGGAGCCCCGUUCUCUUAUAGUCAUAGAUAAGCUGGGUUUGUCCACACUCGUACAGUUGGCCUGUUCCGAGGCAAUCUAUCAGUGACUUCAUUGACUGUUUCCGAGAAUUCACCGUUCAAGAAUGAGAACAGUUGUAGCAUCAGAUUGAUAUAAAUGUCUUUUCUCCUGUGGUGGUACUGAAGGAAACAGCAAGCCCAAUAAUAAAAAUAUUCCAACUGGAAAAUAUGAGCGACAGAGAGGGCAGGUCGUAGUCAUAGAGAAACGAUUCACCCAAGUAAAGUUAGCAAGGAUCAAUAACACAGUAAUUGAUGGCGUGAAAACAGUGCACAUGCAGACGAGAAGUAAAGUGUUGGCUUGUGUAAGGGAAAGAUGGGUGCAUGGGACAGAGAGUGGAGACAAAGAGAGAGAGUAAAGGUGGACACAAGACGUAAAGGGUUGACCAGGGUAAAGAAAAGAAGGAUGGAGGACACAGAGGGUGAGGCCCAUGAGAGAAUGAGGGUCGAGGGCAGAAGUAAAGGGUUGACCAGGGUAAAGAAAAGAAGGAUGGAGGACACAGUGGGUGAGGCCCAUGAGAGAAUGAGGGUUGAGGGCAGAAGUAAAGGGUUCACCAGGGUAAAGAAAAGAAGGAUGGAGGACACAGAGGGUGAGACCAAUGAGAGAAUGGGGGUCGAGGGCAGAAGUAAAGGGUUGACCAGGGUAAAGAAAAGGAUGGAGGGCACAGAGUGUGAGACCAAUGAGAGAAUGAGGGUUGAGGGCAGAAGUAAAGGGUUGACAAGGGUAAAGUCAAGAAGGAUGGAGGACACAGAGGGUGGGGCCAAUGAGGGAAUGAGAGUUGAAGGCACAAGUAAAGGGUUGACCCAGAGAAACAGAAGAAGGCCAAAUGAGACUGACAGUGCUGCUAACAGAUCAAUGUCGUUAGAGUCAAGAAAUAAAGGGACUGACAUGGCGAAGAAGAGGACGGCGAAAGGCGCGAAAAAACAUCGAGUUGGGAUCAGAAGUAAAGAGUCCACCAACCUAAAGAUAAGGACAGACGAACCAGUAAGUGAAUGCAAGCAGGAUAAGAAAACAGGGACAAGAGACAAGAUCGUGACCCGGUUAAUGAAAGGGACAUUUAAGACAGAAAGCAGAAAUGAGGAAGUACAAACCAGAAGUAAAGGGUUGACCAAACUAAAGGGGCGAACAAGGAGAGGAUAUGAGAUGAGAGAACACAAAGAUAUCAGUGAUAAACGAAGGAGCUUACGCAUCACUGAGAGAAAUAUGCGACAACGGCAUGAAAAAGAUGAAGGAUUGAAUUCACAACAAAAUUCUAAAUCUGAAGAAAUGUCAACAUUAGACAGAAGGGUUGUAUUAAGGAAGGAUGACACAUCUUACCCUUUAAAGGGACCAGGGAAAUUAUAUUCUGAAAAAGACACUCAAACAGAAACAAAAUCUAAAAGGGACACCGAAUGUAAAGGUAACAUGAAAUCACGAAAGAAGCAGAGGCCAUCUGCUGUCAAGAAAAAGCAACACGAUGCUAGAUGUGGAAAGAGGGGUAAAGGAAAACAAAUAUCAAAUAAAAAGAGGAAAGAAAAAAUCGGUAAAAGGCACAAAGGUCCUCCAUGCUCUACAGUCACCAGGAGCACUUGGUCAGCAGUUGCUGAUGUUGCGACAGAGGACGUUCAAACAGCGGACACUGUGGAGGAAGAAGAAGGAGAAACUGAUGAAGAUGAUGAGGAAGGCGGGAAUGUUACAUUGGGGGCAGCAGCUUUUUCAAAAGUGGUGCUUGAGACUGGCCAGCGUCAGAACUCUCACAGUAUCCAUGAUGCAUUAAAAACGCUGACGCAUCAUAUUGCCAAACAGGGCUCAUCUACCUGCCAGGAUUCCAGCAUGGCAUUGAUGCCUUCACAAUCUCAUACACAGGAGAUGGACACAAACUGGGUGCCUGAGCCAUCACCAUCAUCUGGUGCUGCUUCAACAAUUCAGUAUUACGUUCUCCAAGUCCAACAGCAGAUUGGAGAAGUGACGGUGAAGGGCGGCAGGAAUCUGAACAUCGGAGGGACUCAGAACAUCGGUAAAUCGCAGCCCUGUCCCCAGGAGGAGGAGGAGGAGAAACCACUGACUACAGUACAGAAGAUCAGGAAACGAACAGAAUCAAGGAUACAGUCAUGGACCCAAGGUAUGGUUACGACACAGGCACAUAAGGAGGUGAUGGAGAAGAUUGACAGAGGAGCAACAUGGGUGACAAUAAAGGGAAGACCAGGAGAGGGGAAGUCUACAGUGGCCUACAUGGCCCUCAGAGAUCUGCACAGCCAAGGGAGACAAGUAUACCAAGUUGUGUCCCCAGACGAGUUCAAUGAGGUCACCAGGACUUGUACCAACCCAGUGAUUAUGAUGGAUGAUAUAUUUGGUGAUCUGGAAUUUGACGUUGCAGAGUGGACCAAAUGGAGACCCUCUCUUCGUCCGAUUCUUGAUUUGCCAAAGCCUGACUUGGAUCUAAAUGGUGCUUUGAAUAAGUCAACUGCCAUCAAUCCAGAGCAAAAUGAAAAGAAACAAUCUUUAUUUAUUCUUGUAGGUCGUGAUUAUGUACUUAAAUCCUCUUUACCAGACCUUGGAAGAGCGAGAGAAUAUCUUACAAGCAGUAAACAUCUAGUGGAACUCUCACCAACCAUAGAUCGUGAAGAAAAACUGAAUAUUUUGAAAUCAGUUUUUCGAAAGGAAGGUGUUGACAUUGAGAAAAAGGUCAUGUUUGAAUUAAGCUACAUCGCGUGUCCACAUGGGUUUCCACAUGUCUGUAGACUUUUUGCCACAGCCUUUAAACAGAAUGCCAAGGUAUCAGCAAAGGAGUUUUUCACAAGACCUCUUGAAUUUCUAAACCAAACUUUGCAGAAAUUAAUAUACAAUAAAUCAAAGCAUCAACUCCUGAAGGCAAUGAUCCAAGGAGAUGGUAAAGUGUCUCAGUCUGAAUUGUAUAAAGACAAAUACAAGAUGCAUGACUGUGUAUCAUCUGCCAAUAAGCUUGUUGGGUCAUAUCUGAAGCUGGAAGAUGGAACAUACAUGUUUGACCAUCCAUCAAUCUAUGACAGUGUUGCAUUUCUUCUGACUGAAAAAGAUCCAGUAUUUGUCAUUGAGAAUUGUAGUCUCUCAUUCAUCAACCAGCGACUUAGGCAUGGGACUGUUGAAAACCAAGGUUUCGUUGCAGAAAUCCCACUUUUCUGCAUUGACAACUUGGUGCAGAGAUUUGCCAUGGAGAUUCAGCUGGGCAACUUGGCAUAUGUAAUCUCACACCAAAUCUGUUGUGAUCCUGAUUUCAUUGAUAAACUGAUGAACAUACUGAAAGUACAAUAUCAGAUAUCUGUAAAUACAUUUCUGAGGAACACUGAUAGAAAAACACGAGCAUCCUGUUUGGAGUUGCUGCCAAGCAACAAAUCCCCAACCAUGGUGAAAUACAUACUGGAGAAGGGAAACAUUACACUGCAUCAGUCAGAAAUAGAUGAGAUCUUAUUGGGUGUGUGCAAACAUGCUGCAGGAAAUGUGCUGACAUAUCUGACACAACAUGUAAAACUGGACAUCAAUGCGACCUACGGAGAACCUGAACAGACCCCGCUGAUGAUAGCAGCGGAGACUGGAGAUUGUAACUUUGUACGCCAGAUACUUCGCCUUCUUCCUGAUCUGAAUGCAUCGGACAGCUAUGACAGAACUGUGCUGCAUUACCUGUGUAAACAUGGUCUUGUGUCAGCUGUGGAGUAUGUGAUUGACAAGGGUGUAGAUAUUGAUGUAACAGAUAAGAUGAAAAAAACUUCACUUUAUCAAGCGUGUCUGUCUGGUCACAAGGGCGUAGUGAAACUGUUACUGGAUAGAGGAGCAGUAGGUUAUGUGGAUAAGUAUAAGUAUAAGUAUAUGUCUCCUCUAUUUGCGGCUUGUCUCAGUGGAGAGGAAGAAAUUGUAAAACUGGUGCUGGAUAGAGUUGAUGUUGAUAGUGAAUGUACGUACGCAUCUCUGGUUUUGGCAUGUCGGACAGGCACGGAGGGCAUUGUGAAAGCUUUGCUGGAGGGAGGAGCAAAUGUUGCUGGUCACGAUUUCUAUUUUAAUCCUUUGUAUGAAGCAUGUACAAUUGGACAUGCGAACAUUGUUAAGACUUUACUUGUGGCAGGAGCAGAACUUAGUGGCGAUGAAGUAUGUGCUGCAUGUAAAAGUGGGAAUCUGGAUGUUGUUAAGAUGCUGUUUGAUAAAGGGGCCACAGUCAAUAUGAUAUCGAAGCAUGGACAACUCCCUCUUCAUGAAGCAUGUGAAAGUGGAAACCUGGAUGUCGUGAGAGUUUUGACGGGAAAAGGAGCAAAUGUCGGCAUGGUGGCUCCAAAUGGAAAUACUGCACUGCACUCAGCGUGCAAGGGAGGAAGCCAAGAGGUUCUUCUAUUUUUACUUGAACAGCUUUAUACGUCUCACGAAGAAGACGAAAAAGAAGUUGGUCAAUCGGCUGAAGGUUUCAGAAAGCAGAAAGCUGACAAUAAUUCAGGUAUCAAGUCAAGAGACACCCCGGCAGCUGCAGCGAGAGUAAAUGUAGAGGAUAACAAAGGAAACACACUACUUCAUGAAGCAUCAAUCCAUGGAUCGAAAGAGUGUGUUGAACUGUUACUGAAGGCUGGGGCUGAUGUAAAAGUACAAAACAACUCAGGCCACACUUCACUUCAUGGAGCAUCAAUCCAUGGAUCGAAAGAGUGUGUUGACCUGUUACUGAAGGCUGGGGCUGACAUACAGGUACAGAAUAGAUCAGGCGACACACCACUUCAUUACGCAUCAAUGUUUGGAUCUCAAAAGUGUGUUGAUAUAUUACUGAAGGCUGGAGCUGAUUUGAAAGUACAAAACGAGACAGGCGACACUCCACUUCAUAACGCAUCAGGGCGUAGAUUGAGAGAGCGUUUUGACCUGUUACAGAAGGAUGGCGUGAAUGUUGGGGAUAAGAUAGGACGCGAGACACCCUAUGGAGUAUCAAUGUAUAGAUUGAAAGAGUGUGUUGAACUGUUACUGAAGGCUGGGGCUGAUGUGAAAGUACAAAACGAGACAGGCGACACUCCACUUCAUAACGCAUCCAGGUGUGGAUCUCAAAAGUGUGUUGAACUGUUACUGAAGGCUGGGGCUGAUGUGAAAGUACAAAACGAGACAGGCGACACUCCACUUCAUAACGCAUCCAGGUGUGGAUUUCAAAAGUGUGUUGAACUGUUACUGAAGGCUGGGGCUGAUGUAAAAGUACAAAACAACUCAGGUUACACGCCACUUCAUGAAGCAUCAAUCUAUGGAUCGAAAGAGUGUGUUGAACUGUUACUAAAGGCUGGGGCUGAUAUACAGGUACAGAAUAGGACAGGUGACACACCACUUCAUAACACAUGAGGUGUGGAUCUCAAAAGUGUGUUGAUAUGUUACUGGAGGCUGGAACUGAUGUAAAAGUACAAAACGAGUCAGGCGAUACUCCACUUCAUGAAGCAUCAGGGUGUGGAUCUCAAAAGUGUGUCGAUAUGUUACUGAAGGCCGGCGCUGAUGUUAAAGUACAAAACGAAACAGGAGACACACCACUCCAUGCAGCAUCAAUGCAUGGAUCGAAAGAGUGUGUUGAUCUGUUACUGAAGACUGGAGCUGAUGUAAAAGUACA